GGGAAUUGAUUCUUUGCUGAGCCAUGGGCCUGGUAACAAGUCUCAAUGGUAUGGAUCCUCAAAUGGAGAACCUGGGUCUUCCUGGCACCUGGUUCUUGCUAUACUUUGGAUUCAUGGGACUGUGUUGUGUGAUUACCGGUGGCUGCAUUAUAUUUCUUCACUGGAGGAAGAAGCUGCAGCAGGAGAAGUGUGCCCAGCAUUGGGUGGAAGUGAUGAACGCUUCCACCUUCACUAACAGUCCACUCUUGUACUGGGUAAAUACGCAGAGACACCAUGGUAUCAAUGCAGCUAUCAGAAUAGGCCCUCCCUCAGCUGGUACCAACACUGAGAUUAAAGUCAAGAUUCCAGAUUGUCUGUGGGAUACAGACACCCCUGAAGGCAGAGUUUAUGGCCUCAGAGGCAGCAGCCCCAGGGCAGAGAACCCUGUUGCUAUGCAAGCUGCUCUGGUGGUCUCACAGCAGCUCCUAUCUAAUCAGUUGCCACAGUGCCAAAUCAGAUCCCCAUUCCCAAUUCCCGUCUUUCAGGAGAUACCCUUUGCCCCACCCCUCCACAAAAUGCCUCCCAUGCUGGAACACUCUGCCUCCAACCUGUUGGACAUCUAUCCUAAAAGGAAUGUCCACUACCAUUCCCUUCCCACACUGGCCCUGGAGUGA